AUGGGCGAGUACUCGAAAGCACUUUCAUCGUACGAAAGAUCACUUGAAAUCCGAAAAAUAGCUCUCCCUCCGAAUCAUCCCGACUUUGCUCAAUCCUACAACAGCAUCGGUGCAGUGUAUGUUAACAUGGGCGAGUACUCGAAAGCACUUUCAUCCUACGAAAGAUCACUUGAAAUCGGAAAAAUAGUUCUCCCUCCGAAUCAUCCCGACUUGGCUACUUCCUACAACAACAUCGGUAUGGUGUAUGAUAACAUGGGCGAGUACUCGAAAGCACUUUCAUCGUACGAAAGAUCACUUGAAAUCUUCAAAAUAGCUCUUCCUCCGAAUCAUCCCCACUUGGCUACUUCCUACAACAACAUCGCUUCAGUGUAUUAUAAGAUGGGCGAGCACUCGAAAGCACUUUCAUCGUACGAAAGAUCACUUGAAAUCUUCAAAAUAGUUCUCCCUCCGAAUCAUCCCGACUUGGCUACUUCCUACAACAACAUCGGUAUGGUGUAUGAUGACAUGGGCGAGUACUCGAAAGCACUUUCAUCGCUAGAAAGAUCACUUGAAAUCCGAAAAAUAGUUCUCCCUCCGAAUCAUCCCGACUUGGCUACUUCCUACAACAACAUCGCUUCAGUGUAUGAUAACAUGGGCGAGUACUCGAAAGCACUUUCAUCAUACGAAAGAUCACUUGAAAUCGGAAAAAUAGCUCUCCCUCCGAAUCAUCCCUUAUUGGCUACUUCCUACAACAACAUCGGUAUGGUGUAUGUUAACAUGGGCGAGUACUCGAAAGCACUUUCAUCAUACGAAAGAUCACUUGAAAUCCGAAAAAUAGUUCUCCCUCCGAAUCAUCCCGACUUUGCUCAAUCCUACAACAACAUCGGUAUGGUGUAUUAUAACAUGGGCGAGUACUCGAAAGCACUUUCAUCAUACGAAAGAUCACUUGAAAUCCGAAAAAUAGCUCUCCCUCCGAAUCAUCCCGACUUGGCUGCUUCCUACAGCAACAUCGGUAUGAUGUAUGAUAACAUGGACGAGUACUCGAAAGCACUUUCAUCAUACGAAAGAUCACUUGAAAUCCGAAAAAUAGCUCUCCCUCCGAAUCAUCCCUCCUUGGCUACUUCCUACAACAACAUUGGUGUAGUGUAUGAUAAUAUGGGCGAGUACUCGAAAGCACUUUCAUCAUACGAAAGAUCACUUGAAAUCUUCAAAAUAGCUCUCCCUCCGAAUCAUCCCAGCUUGGCUAUUUCCUACAACAACAUCGGUAUGGUGUAUUAUAACAUGGGCGAGUACUCGAAAGCACUUUCGUUUUACGAGAGAUCACUUGAGAUGUUAAGAAAAUGGGUAUCUCCAUUGAUUUCAAAAUGUCGUAAACAAGAUACACUUGAUGUUAAUGAUCUCUAUGAACCACUUCCAGAUUGUGAAGCAGCAACACUAACAGAUAAACUUGAAGCAAAUUGGUUAGUUGAAAUUAAACGAAAUCCUGACAGACCAAGUUUGAUUCGAGCUACAUUACGCACUAUGAGAUGGAAACCAUUAGUCAAUAGUCUUAUUUUCAUUCCUUCCGAACUUCUCAAAAUUAGUCAACCACUUUUACUUACAUUUCUGAUGAGAUUUUUUGAACCAUGUUCUAUGAUGCCAGCUUGGCAUGCUUGGCUUUUAGCCAUGGGUACAAUUUUUGUAGUAUUUUGCUCUAGUGUUAUUCUCAAUUAUGGAAUUUAUGUAAACAAUACUUUAGCUCUACAAAUGCGUGUUGCUUAUAGUGGUCUAAUCUUUCGAAAAGCAAGUAUCAAAAUGUGAGAAAUGAUCAAUUAAAUUUUUAAAUUUAAAUUAUUAGAUGCUCCGUUUGUCGAGUCAUGCACUUAAUAGUAUCAGUUCGGGUGAAAUUACUAACCUAUUAUCGAAUGAUGCUACUCAAAUUGAAAUGAUUCUCUUUUACAUUAGUUAUUUGUGGGUAUGUUCACAAUUUUAUCUAAAUAUCUUAUCUAUGUAGUUUAUUUGAAGAUUCAAAUCAAAAGCAUUUUUAUGAUUCUUUUUAAUUUGAUAAUUUAAAAGAUCAAAUUCAUCCAUGAGAUAAAUAGAAUCUGUUAGAAAUCUUACGUUAGCUUAUUUUUUCAAAGUAAUAAUUAAAUAUAAUUCAUCGAUUAUUAUUGAUAUCUAGUUACUGGUUAUUCGUCACUAAUAGUGGAUAUGCU